AUGCUCGCUCUUUGGUAUCUACUCUCGGUCGGCUAUUAUCGGUCGGCGAGUCACCGCGAUCCUACCUCCUUCUUCUUCAACCCCAGUCGUGCCUACGAGAAACGGUAUUCCGCGCAUCGAAUUCAAGAGGCAGAGUCCUUUCUCGUCAGGGCUGGCGACUUUCCCUCCCCAGCAAAGCCAUCUGGCAACACCCAGGCUACGAUUUGCGUGGGGAUAGUGACGGUUCGCCGAAGAAAAGACCAAUAUGUUGGGUUGACAGUCGCCUCUCUUCUGGAGGGCUUGACCGAGUCGGAACGAAGCACUAUAUUCCUCGAUAUACUCAUUGCACAUACCGAUCCCUCUACCCUCCCGAUCUUCUCAGAGAAAUGGGUAGAAGUUCUACCCGACCGCGUCCUCCUGUACCCGAAAGAAGAUAAUCCCGAUUACGAGCAAAUCCGCGAAUGGGAGGAGGGAGGAUGGUAUCGCAACAAGACCAUCUACGAUUUUACACAUUUGAUGAAGGAUUGCUAUGAUACGGGCGCAGAUUAUGUCGCUAUGAUUGAAGAUGAUACAUUGGCUGCCAAGGGCUGGCUCUCUUCUACGUUGCAUGCCCUUGAUGUGAUCCACCAGCGCAGCAUAGCAGGGCAAGACUGGGUCUAUCUUCGUCUAUUCUAUGUUGAUAACCUGCUUGGUUGGAACUCGGAGGAGUGGCCACGUUAUCUCGCGUUGUCUUUCGUUAUCUGGGCUACUUUAACGGGUGCCAUGGUAUUCAUAAAAAGGAGGUUCUUCAAGUCAACACCUGCGAGUGCUAUCUGGAUGACAUCUCUCAUUUUUAUCCCGGCAUUCAUCGGACUACACUUCAUCGCAGGACGGCAGACAAUGUGGCCGAUUCGUUCCGGGGUCCACGAGAUGAACAAGUACGGAUGCUGCUCGCAGGGCCUGGUCUUCCCACGUUCGAUAGUACCGCAAUUUCUGGAACAUACCGACUUGACAACCGAUUGGCUAGUUGAUAUGAUGGUCGAGAAAAUUGCCAACAAAGAGGAGUGGAAACGUUACGCGGUAGUUCCACCAGUCCUUCAACAUAUCGGUGCCACGAGCUCGAAAGGGUAUGGAUUUGAUAAGUCGGCGAAGACAAUCUGGAAUUUUAGAUACGAAGAGUAUCCAUAUAGAUAG